AUGGGCGAACGUACUUGCAUUAGAGAUGUGGCAACAUGUUUAGACUUGGCAUCGUCAACGGUUUGGAGGUUACUAAAAAAAGGCGAGAUAAAAGCACAUUCAAAUGCAUUACACCCCGCUUUAACCGAUGCCAACAAAAUAAGAAGGGUGGAGUGGAUUUUGAGCCUUAUCCAAGAAGACACAAUUCAAAGACACCCAAUAUACAAAGCUAUGUACGAUUUUAUUCACAUCGACGAGAAGUGGUUUUAUUUGACCAAGAAAACGCAAAGGGUUUAUUUAGCACACAAAGAAAAGGUCCCGUAUAGGGCAGCGAAGUCAUCAAAAUUCAUACCUAAGGCCAUGUUCUUAGGGGUGGUAGCAAGGCCUAGAUGGAAUCGAUAUGGCCAAUGUACGUUUGAUGGGAAAAUUGGAAUUUUUCCUUUCAUCAAUAUGGUGGCAGCACAAAGAGACUCAAAAAAUCGAUCAAGGGGGUCAAUAGAGAUUAAGCCGACCGAGUCAGUAACUCAAGAGGUGUAUAGGAGUAUGCUUAUAUAA